UUUAAGAGCACUCAAGCGGACUAUAUACAGGAUAUUCUCCUUUUGAAUAGUUGCGAAGGCUGUGAAUCUCGCGUUCGAAUUAAAACAAAAAUGGAUUAUGUCUAACAUGGGUUUUUAAAUUGUAUUCUAACAACUCCACGUCGGCUUUUCUGCGCACAGCUGAUUUGAUCUGGAAGUCUUGAAGAGCAGCGAGGACUAAACCACGAUGUGAUCAUUUCUAUCCAAAAAUGUUACGAAAAGUUAACGAAGCAAGUUGGAACACAUCGUGAACACUAAUACAGUGUUUCUGGCUAUAAAGUCCGUAUCGAUGCGAAUCUGAAAAGGCAAAGAAAGUGCUUUUGUCCAAUGCAGCGGAACAGCAGUCUCGUUUCCAUUUGGCUUCAGCUCGAGCUGUGCGCGAUGGCUGUUCUCCUCACUAAAGGAGAAAUACGGUGCUACUGCGAUGCCCCCCACUGUGUGGCCACUGGUUACAUGUGCAAAUCGGAGCUGAAUGCCUGCUUCACCCGCACCUUAGACCCUCAAAGUGCCAAGUCUCCUUUAUCUCAUGGAUGUUACGACCCUCUGUUGAACUCUGGAAAAUCUUGCCACCCAGAGUCAACCUAUGACACCAUUCAUGGAUCUGCCACACUUCAGUGUUGCCAUGAGGAUAUGUGCAAUUACAGAGGCCUGCAAGAUGUCACAUACAGAGGAAGUGAAAUUCAUGACAAACGGCGACAUCAAACCGAAGGUAGCCAUCACGUGAUUGCACGACUACAGGAAAUUCCUUUCUCCAAGGAGGUAUGGUUCCGCGCUGCGGUCAUCACUGUACCCAUUGCCGGCGGCCUCAUCUUGGUCCUCCUCAUCAUGCUGGCCCUGCGUAUGCUGCGCAGUGAAAACCGCAGACUACGACAACAACGGAGAGAAAUGUUGUCUCGCCUUCAUUACAGCUUUCAUGGCCAACACCUCACCAAGGGUCAUGUGGCCAAACUGGACUUAGAGUGUAUGGUUCCAGUAGGAGGCCAUGAGAACUGCUGCCUGACCUGCGACAAGAUUCAGCAGUCCGACCUUACCAGCCAAAGACUUCUUUCAUUGGUCAGCUGGGGAAAGCACAGUGGCCAAGGCAAGCUAGAGUUUGUGUGAUGGCUUAAGAAUUUGCUUUCCUCCGUGGGACUUGUGUUUUAUUUCAACCCUUCUAAAGGAGGUACUGCAAACAAGAACUCAAAAGAGAACACUUGAAAGCUCUAACCAUAUGGUUGUUGCUCUAGAAGCACUUUACUUGAAUUAGAGACUUAAGGAGAAGACUGCUUGUAUUAUAGGCUGCGACGAGGAGCGGCUUCGUGCUGGUAUUCUUUAUCACCGAAGGAUUCCAAAAAAAUGUAUUUUGGUUUUAUCAUGUGCACUUUUUGUAUAAAGAAUUUAUGGUUUAUUUGCUUUAAUAGUGGAGAAAAACCAGUGUGUCAACACUUGUAAAAAAAAUGGUAGGGGUACAAUAUCUUGUCACUGGGGCAGUGCCCUCAAAGGGACAUCUUUGUACCUUGUUUACCCCUAAUAGUCAAAGGUACCUUAAGGGUGUAUGCUAUUAUUCUAAGGUAUUAAUAUACACUUUUUAGGGGUAGAUAAGGUCUUGGUGACAUGCUGUUUUAUCAGUAAGGUACAGUUUUUGCUUUUUUUUUCACAGUGAAUGA